AGAGUUUACAUUUCAGAACGAAACGUACUGUACGUCAAAAUAGUGGAGCAAAAGCCUUUCUUUUCUUGGGCUAAAAAUUAAAUUUAUUUUGUUUUUACUGCUUACGUUAGUGUUUUGUAUUUAUUAUACACUAACUACCACAGUUAAUUUUCGUUAACAUGACGGAACAACAAAUGGAUUGUGCUCUGGACCUCAUGAGGAGGCUGCCGCCUCAACAAAUCGAGAAGAACCUAACAGAUUUGAUAGACUUAGUGCCCAGUUUGUGUGAGGAUUUGUUAUCAUCUGUGGACCAGCCAUUGAAAAUUGCGAAAGACAGAAGUAACGGAAAGGAUUAUCUCCUUUGCGAUUACAACCGUGACGGAGACUCAUACCGCUCGCCGUGGUCCAACACGUACGACCCGCCCCUGGAGGAUGGCUCCAUGCCCUCUGAGCGACUGAGGAAGUUAGAGAUAGAUGCCAACCAUGCAUUUGAUCAGUACAGAGAGAUGUACUUUGAGGGAGGUGUGAGCUCUGUCUACUUGUGGGAUAUGGAUCAUGGGUUUGCAGGUGUAAUACUGAUAAAGAAGGCAGGUGAUGGUUCACAAAAGAUCAAAGGCUGCUGGGACUCCAUCCAUGUAGUGGAAGUAGUGGAGAAGAGUUCAGGUCGCAACGCGCACUACAAGCUCACGUCUACGGCCAUGCUGUGGCUCCAGACUAACAAGGAGGGCAGCGGGACCAUGAACCUCGGAGGCAGUCUAACUAGACAGGCGGAGCAAGACUCGGUGGUGAGCGAGGUGACACCGCACAUCGCCAACAUCGGCCGCAUGGUCGAGGACAUGGAGAACAAGAUACGGAACACGCUCAACGACAUCUACUUCGGCAAAACCAAGGACAUAGUGAACGGCCUCCGCUCCGUGGUGCCGGCGGACGUGGCGCGCAAGAAGGCGGCGCUUCAACACGACCUCGCGCUGGCGCUGCAGCGCCGCCACCAGCAGCACGCCGACUGAAGCCGGCUUGAGAGCGUCUACGGCGAGUAGAACACGUAUUUAAUAUGCUCAUCAUAAUAAGAAUUAACAACGAUGCGAAGAUAUGGAUUGUCUAUGAUUGUGCUGCAUUGCAGGGCACUGUGUAAAAUACAUCUAAAUAUAAGGAUGUGUGUCCAACAGAGAGAUACUAUGUUUUUUUACUGUCAAAUACAACUGUCCAGUGCAACAGCCAAUGAACAUUUUGUUUUGCUGUAAAGGCACAAUAAAUAGUAGCUAUGGUCGGUUUGAUUCAAUCUUUCCUACAUGUUAAAGAUAUUGGCACGACAAAUUGUAUCGAAUAUGAACCAAACGAUAUCUUGUCGUUUUGGUUACACUGGAAAAAUAUGGAAGAGCUCUGUUGGAUAUGUAACCCUAGUAUUUAUUGUAUUUGUAUUUUUCUUUUGUAUGUUUUUAAAUUGUUUGUAUGCUUAAUCAGUUUUCGGUUUAACGCAUAGUCUCAGUAGAUCAUUGGAUAUGUAAUUAAUGUAAUUGGUAAUUCUGCAUUUAAGAAUACAUAGAACCUUAUGUGCAUAGUUGUUAUACAUACCUAUUUUUGUCCUUAGAUUAGACCUACUCAUUUCACGUGAUUGUAAAAUAAAUCUGGGUAAAGAGAAGAGCUAUAGCUCAUACAUUAUAAUUACUAAUUGCAUUUAUUUGAGUUUUUUAAUAUAACAAACCAAUGCAGCCAUUCUGGUGCUUUUGAAUGAGAAAUUUAAAAUAGUCCAUAUUUAAAAAAUAAUUGUAUUUAAAUAAAGUAUUCGAGUUAUGAUUAUUGAUUAAAUUACCUAUUGUUAGUAAUAAUUUAAGAUAAUCGUAAUGUAAAACUAGCAUGAGAAUUAUUAUGUAACUACAUACCUACUUAUGUUAUUUAAUCUGCCCAUCUUUUUAAGAUUUGUCGAAAUCUAUUUUUAUUACAUUAGAUUAAGUGCAAGAAAUCUAGCUUUUGUCUCUAUUGAGGCUCAGUACCCUAUUGUCUUAGACCUAGAAUGAUCUAGAAGCACUAGCAACUAGGUAGCCCCUAAAUAGAUAUAAUAUUAAUUCUUUAUUUUUCUCAAUUUAAGCAGGCUUUUUAGGAGAUCAUAAAAAUAAUUUACGAAAAUAAUUGCAUUUGUUAUUGUACUGGCCUCUCUGAAUAAAUAUUUAUCUGAAA